AUGUCGGAAAAACAAGUUCCAGAUGUUCAAUACAAGGGUAAUGGAGAGCAGAAAGGCUUCUUCGUCAGCUAUACUCAAUUGGCUAUUGCGGUAGUUGUUGUUAUCGCAAUUACUGUUGCAGUUGGCUUGAUUGCAGGAUUAACUGGCAAUGCAGGAAGCGGUAGUCAAGCAUCAACAGGUGGAACCACUGUUGCAACAACGAUGGCUACCACUAAAGCCGCCGCUACGACAAAAGCAACCGUAGCUAGCACUACCAAAGGCCCAACUGUUAAGCCGACAACCCCAGCACCGCCAAAAUAUCCUGCUUUGGCUAAAGCUCGUUUACCCACAGAUAUUAAACCAUCCGAAUAUUAUUUUGAGUUAGACGUCGAUAUGACUACUUUAUCAUAUACUGGCAUCAAUGUUAUCAACUUUACUGUUGUUAAUCCAACCAACAUAAUUGUCGUCCACAUCGAUGGUAUUACUGUGACAGGGACUCCACAAGUUAGUACCGAUCGCUACUUUAGUACUGGAUUGCAGAAUGUUAUUGAUCAAGGCAGCUACGCCAAAAACAACUAUUACUACACCGUCCUUCAGAGUAACCUGCAGGCUGGUGGCGUAUAUUAUGUUCGGUAUACCUAUAACGCAAAAUUAUCUAGCGAUCGUAGUGGAUUUUACAAGUAUCAGUACACUAGAGCUUCGGAUCGUGCAACUGUAUGGGCUGCAGCAAGUCAAUUAGAAGAUUUCUACGCAAGAAGAGUUCUUCCAUGCUUUGAUGAACCCGCAAUGAAAGCAACCUUCCAGGCUAAUAUCACGGUACCCAGCAACUACAGUGCCUUAUGGAAUACCAUGAGAACUGGUGUAACUAUGAUGGGCGAUAAGAAGCGCUUUGAAUUUUCUACCAAAACUCCAGUCAUGUCCACAUACUUAAUGGCAUUUACUGUUGAUGAUUUCGUUAACGUCAAUGGUACAACUAAUCGUAAUACAAUGGUUCGCGUAUUUUCUCGUCCUGGUAUAAAACAAUAUAGCAAUUAUGCCCUUGGAGCUGCUAUUAACAUUACAGAAUAUUUUGAGAGUCUUUUUGGCCUAAAUUACCAAAUGGGCAAACAAGAUCAUGUCGCAGUUCCUGUUUUUGCUGCCGGUGCUAUGGAAAAUUGGGGUCUUAUUUUAUACCGUGAGGAAUUAUUAAGCUACGAUCCCUACUACAUUAACUCCAACGGUCUAGAAUCGAUUGUUACCGUCAUUUCUCACGAAUUGGCUCAUAUGUGGUUUGGUAACUUGGCUACUUUACAAUGGUGGAAUCAUUUGUGGUUAAAUGAAGCCUUUGCCAACUUUUUCCAGAAUUUUGGUGCUGCUCCUUAUGAACCAGGCCUGUUCUUAAUGCAGCAAUUUGUUCUGGAUAGCGUACAGAGCGGUUUGUCAACUGAUUCCUCUCCAACCUCUCAUCCAAUUGUUCCACCUUCCGCAUAUGGUCCGUUCUUUGAUAGAAUCACUUAUCAGAAGGGAGGUUCUGUUUUACGUAUGUUCCGCGAUUAUCUUGGUCAUGAUAACUUUUUCACCGGAUUAAGGGGCUAUUUGAACGAUUACUCGUACAGUAAUGCCGAUACCGUACAACUGUUUGCCUCAUUGACUAAAGCUGUUGCUCAAAAUCCAUUUAAUAUCAGCGAAUUUUUGGGCCCAUGGGUUUACCAGAUGGGUUACCCAGUGGUUAAUGUAACUCGAGAUACACAGAACAAUCAAGGUGUUAUGACUCAACAAAGAUAUCUUAAUAACAAGGACGCAAAUCCAAGUCAGGAAGGAACUGGAUCUCCAUAUGUGUCACCAUACCAAUACAAAUGGACAAUCCCAGUAAACUAUUAUGAUCAAGCAUCAUCUAAUGUCAGACGAGUUGUCUUUGGAAUGAAUGAUGCUCAAGCUGUUGUUCCUUGGCCUGCAAAUAGCUGGAUCAAAUUGAAUGCUAACCAAAUGGGAUUCUAUCGUGUUAUGUAUCCAAUCGAUAACUGGAAUCGUCUAGCUACUGCUUUGCAAAGUAAUCUAAAUGUGUUGCUGAAUACAGACAGAGCUAAUCUGUUAGAUGAUGCUUUCACUUUUGCUUUGACUAAGCGCCUCGAUAUUACUGUACCUUUAAGUCUUACCAAGUAUAUGUCAAAUGAGGUCGACCAUCUGCCAUGGACCGUUGUUUCCAAUAACUUUUUCAACUUUCGGUUACGACUUUCCAACAGACAGUCUUUCCAACAUUUUGUGAAAUAUAAUUUAAAGAUCUCUGGUCCUCCAGCCGAUAGACUCCAAUUUUUGGAUACCGGAGGCUUCAUGGAAAAGAGCGCUCGAUACACAGUUUUGAACACUGCCUGUGGUGCUGGUUAUGUUCCAUGCAUUAAUAAUGCUAGCGCUAUAUUAGCAAAAUACAUGAUGAAUAAAGUGGCUAACAAUGUUCCAGCCACAUACAGAACCAUCGUCUUUAGAUAUGGUAUUGCCUAUGGUGGUGUUGCAGAAUGGGAUGCUCUCUAUAAUGAGAUGAGACAAUCAUUGGAUAUUACUGAUAGAGGACGAAUCUUAAAUGCCUUAUCCUAUGCUCGUCAACCAUGGAUUUUGAGAAGAUUCUUGAAUUAUUCCAUGGAUCCAACCAAGAUUUCUGCCUCAUCUACUUUCACUGUCUUUACCUUUGUCAGUCGUAAUCCUGUUGGACGCUAUCUUGCUUGGGAUUAUUUCCGUGAAAAUCAAGCUUUCAUCAAGCAAAGGUAUGGAUCAACAAGAACUUUAUUAAGUAUUGUCACCCAAUACUUUAAUGAUCAAUUCAGGCUAGACGAGGUCAGGAAAUAUAUUGCUGCCUAUCCGGAAACAACAUUAGCCGCUAAAGCUACAGAAAAUGGCAUCAUUGCUCGUAUCCAAAACAAUAUGCGAUACUUGACUGAUUUCGAGUCAAAAAUGAGUACUUGGUUUUCACAAAAUUAA